CGCUUGUUAAUCUAAGCCUCUCAAACAGGAAAUGACUAUGAGUUCUCUGCUACCGAGGCUUUAGUUGAAGAGCAUUUGUGGUUAUCAACCAGUUGAGAGUUUCCUUCAGUGAGAACAGUUGUGUGUGAUGGCCCAGACUAAAGAUCCAAACUUUGGGCAUUCAUCAGGCACCAACUCUGCCCUUCAGAGGCUGGACACGUUAGCUAGCCGAUUUUUUUACAAAUAUCGGAAAGGGCACCAGGAGAAAGGAUUAGAGAAUGAGGGGCCACAUGUGUCAGAGUAUACCAUCCUUUGGGAUGCAACAAUGAAAGAAUUCCUGGCAAAAGCCAAAGAGGAUUUCUUAAGAAAAUGGGACUGUCAGCCACAGAGCACAUCGUGUCUAGAUGACUUUGACAGACUGAAAACUCUUGGCACUGGAUCUUUUGGAAGAGUAAUGCUAGUCAAGCACAGACAGUCGGCACGGUACUAUGCUAUGAAGAUUCUGGACAAAGAAAAAGUGGUGAAGCUUAAACAGAUAGAACACACAUUAAACGAGAAGAAAAUAUUACAAGCAGUGUCCUUUCCUUUCCUUGUGAAGCUGGAGUUCGCUUUUAAGGAUAAUUCAAAUUUAUACAUGGUCAUGGAAUAUAUCCAAGGCGGUGAGAUGUUCUCACAUCUGAGACGGAUUGGAAGAUUCAGUGAGCAGAAUGCACGGUUCUACGCUGCUCAGAUUGUUCUGACGUUUGAGUAUCUUCAUUCUCUAGACCUCAUCUACAGAGACCUUAAACCUGAAAACUUGCUCAUUGACCAUCAGGGAUACAUACAGGUAACAGACUUUGGCUUUGCCAAACGAGUCAAAGGCAGAACUUGGACAUUGUGUGGUACACCAGAGUACCUGGCGCCAGAGAUCAUUCUCAGCAAGGGCUACAACAAAGCUGUUGACUGGUGGGCACUGGGUGUUCUGAUCUAUGAAAUGGCUGCUGGAUACCCACCUUUCUUUGCUGAUCAACCUAUUCAGAUCUAUGAGAAAAUUGUAUCUGGCAAGGCACGAUACCCUUCACACUUUAGUUCAGACCUGAAGGAUCUUCUGCGCAAUCUGCUGCAAGUGGACCUCACAAAGCGAUUUGGCAAUUUGAAAAAUGGGGUCAGCGACAUCAAAAACCACAGAUGGUUCGCUACGACAGACUGGAUCGCAAUCUAUGAGAAGAAGAUUGACGCUCCCAUUAUACCGAAGUGCAGAGGGCCUGGAGACACAAGUAAUUUCGAUGAGUACGACGAGGAAGACAUUCGGGUAUCUGUCACAGAGAAAUGUACAAAAAGAGUUCUUGGAGUUUUAGGGUCUUUGUAAAUGCUUUAGUAGGAGUUUACAUGAGUAUUUUGUUUGCACCUUCAAAGCUGAAUCCAAGAACAUCAGUUUUAUUUCCACAUUGCUUCAUUCAAAUAUACUUUGAGAGAUUUGGAAAUUCACACAAGUCUUUAGCAUUGAGCUGAACGGUGCAUGAAGUUUAGUCUACUGCAUUGAAAUAAUAUCUGGAAAAAUGUUUGAGUGAAUUUGAGUUUUUUAUGUUGCUUUCCUUGUGUUCAUCUUUUAUAGGAUAAUUAAUUUAUAAAAUGAAUUCCUGUGUUGAUUUUUUUUUUCACUUGUGUCUGUUAGACAUUAAAGAAAAGUGUAUGUUCGUUAUGAAUACAUGAAAAAAACUCAAUUUCCCAUCACGUUCAAGCGUGUAUGUGCACGAUAUCUGUGGAAUAUGCAUGCUGAAGAGACCUUUUGGUUGUUCAGAAAUAUCGAAAGGUAAAGAAAGUAUGAUUUAAAAAUCAUGCAAAAUAUCUAACAGCGGUAACACAGAUCUUGCACUGAAAUUGUAAUGAAAAGAUGCCUUGGAUUUGGGCACCAGUCUUCCUACUUAUGGACCAUGUGAAUACUUUUAUUUUUAAGGGAAAUUUUAUAUCUACUGUAAAGAUUAUUCUGUACAAUUUUGGGACAAAUUAUUUUGACACUGAAUAAAAGAAAAUUAUUCUCAUUGC